AUACCCAAAUAUAACUAAGUCCAACUUAAUCACACAUAAUGAAGCUCUUUGUGAUCCUCUUCGCGUGUGCUUUGGCAAUCUCAAGUAGCUUUGCCUAUGAUCCCAGUCCCCUCCAGGAUAUUUGUGUAGCUAUAGCUGAGCCCAAAAAUGCUGUGUUUGUGAAUGGGAAAUUCUGCAAGAACCCAAAUCUUACGGUUGCUGAUGAUUUCCUCUACCAAGGGCUCAACAUGCCCGGGGAUACCAAUAACAAGCUUGGGUCAAAAGUGACCCCUGUCACCGUUGAUCAGAUCCCAGGGCUCAACACUCUAGGGAUCUCUGCAGCACGUAUCGAUUUCGCCCCUUACGGCCUGAACCCACCGCACACCCACCCUCGUGGAACUGAGUUCCUCAUAGUCGUCGAGGGCGAGCUCUAUGUUGGGUUCGUCUUGUCUAACCAACUAGGAAACAGGCUCAUCACCAAAGUCUUGAAGCCUGGAGACGUGUUUGUGUUCCCAAUUGGGAUGAUUCACUUCCAGCUCAACGUGGGAAAGAGCAAUGCUGUUGCAUUUGCGGGCUUGAGCAGCCAGAACCCUGGAGUCAUAACAAUUGCCAAUGCCGUGUUCGGAGCUAAGCCACCGAUUAACCCGGAUGUCUUGACCAAGGCAUUCCAGGUGGAUAAGAAAGCUAUAGAUUAUCUACAAUCCCAGUUCUGGUACGACAACAACUGAAACCAAAGGAUGGAGUGAAAGAGCAUAACUACGAUAUAUCCAUCAAAUAAAACCAAUCGAGCGUGGGCGUUUGUUUCCUUCACUGAUGGUUAAUAUAUAUUUUAUUUAUGUUCGUGCGUGGUGGAAAGAUUUGGUAUGUCUUCCAAAAUAAAGAUGAUGCUUUCAAUGUCUAGUGUUAAUUGUGUUUGUUGUUCUUAUGAAAUUGGAGAUUCUACCGUGGUUGGUACCGAAAAACAAUUAUCACGGUUGUUUUAUUCUUGACCGUCGGAUUCAAUGACAUACAAUCAUGACCGUAUAAAUGUCCUGUACUUUUUUA